GAACAACUCUGAUCUUCAGCUCUUCAGCAACCUGUGACCUUCACCUGUGAGCACACCCAGCCGCCUACCUGAACAGAGCUGCACAACUGUGACGACUCAGCAACUGAACCGCCAAGAUGACUGCUGCUCAGCUGAUAAACGUACACCUUAAAGCAGCAAUGAAACUGACUAUCAAGGGUGUCCCCGAAGAUAGUUUCACCAUCAAUGUGGGCAAAUCCAGCGACAUCAUUGCACUGCAAUAUAACGUGCACUUCAGCCAGGGCGCUGACCAAUCUGUCAUCAACGUGAAGUGCAUAAAGGAUGGAGUAGUCAUCGGGAAGAACAUGGAUACUAAUUUCCCUUUCGAGGCAAAUACACAGUUUGUGGUGACCAUUUCCUUCAACAAGGACGGUUUCCAAAUUCAGGAAUCCUGUUGUGACUUCAUACCAUUCAAGAAUUUCCUGGAUUACCCAUAUUAUGACUACAUAUGGGUUGAUGGAAAUGUGUCAAUCAAAGGCAUAAGUAUCAGCUAAAGACCCACCAGGAGGUGCUAGACAUCCCCCUUCUGGCUCCUGAUUGGCUGCUCUGCUUCUGCUUCCUGGUGCCUUCCUACAGCUGUGCUAUGAGUGCACUUUGUCCCUCCCAGAGAUCAGUGCCUUUAAUCUUGUGCUUCUCUGCAACAUUUAGACCAACUGGUGUCUGUCCAAACCCACUGCGUAUGUUAAUCAAUCCAGCUUCAAUAAUAAAUCUCUAUCAUGAGUAAA